CCUCUCGUCGACACGGCAGACAGACUAGAAUCCAAGAUGGCGAUGUAUGUUGUGAUCCGAAGAGUUUCGCGAGCACGUCAGUGAGCGAAUUUUAGCAGUGAAAAUCUACUGGAAGUGUGGAAAAUAUUCAGGAAUACGUGUUUCGUAGUGGCAAAACUGUGCUGAAGUGAUCGGAAGUGGCGUAACAGUCCCAGGUGUUCGAUAGAAAGUGGUUGGUGGAUUUUUCCAUUCCGCUUGGUCUCGGUGACUGGAGAAAAAAAGUUUUACCUUCCCCGUCAGCACCGAGCUGCUGCGGUUCGAAUUGCAGUUCGGGUACGUGAUUAGAGGGCAAAUAGGAUUCCAUUCGGUUUGGUGUAUCUGGUAGCGUUCCGGUUGGGUUCCGAACCGCCUCCGAUCUGCCGCGGAGUGACCGACAUACGAAAUUUCCAUAGGGGAAAAGUCGCCGUUUCCUUGGGGUGUGUUCUAAUUCGCCGGCGUAUAGAGUCCGUAAAAGUAUUUCGAAGGUUUACGUUUCUGAAAUCUGGUCGGAAGCGAAGAAAAAGGAAAUCGUGGCGCUGUAAAAUUCUUUCGAUAAAGUGCUUUGAACCGGAUUGAUAUUUUUACCCGAAGAGAAAAAGACGUCACCGUGGUUUGAACGUAAACGAGAAACAGAUUUGCGAGGAUUAAAUUUUUGAUUUUCAGAUCUGACCAACUUCGUUCAUAGCCCGAUCUCAUUGAGUGUAAAUAAAAAAGUUGAAUAUCAUGACCACACUAUUCAAGGAAAUUUUAUCGUUAACAUAACAUCCCCGGAAAGUAUUGUCUCCGCAUCUAUAGGUAAUAUCUAAUGUUAUUCAAAUUGCCAGCAGUGAAUAUAGUGAAUUGAUACGAAGUGAUUGGAAGAAACUGGCACAAGAAUUAUAAGUGAGUGAUUUGUUGAAGCGAAAUUGGGGUUGCCAGUGUGUACCCAAAGGUGUAUGAAAUAAUCCAGUGAGUCGUGAUAGUGAGAACUGCUUCGGCAGAUUGCGCGAUACUUUUACGGUCGCCGGCUUUCUGUUCAGUGAUCAAAAAUUGAGCAAAGCAUAGGCAAGGUUCGGUACAAAAUUCUGAAAAAGAGGAAGAAAAGGAAUUCCUCCAGCCAUCAUCACCACCACCACCACCAUCACCAUCGUCAUCAUCCGACGUCAGCGGCGGCGACGACGACGACGGCGACGGCAAAUACCGGCAGCAGUAGUGACCAGCAGCAACCGGACGAUUCGCCGCAACCAUCCACUAGCGGCGGAAUCACCAGCGGCGGCGGCAGCAGCAACACCAACAGUAGCGGCGGCCUCAGCAGACGCAACAUGACAACCGAUACGAGGCGACGAGUUAAAUUGUACGCACUGAACGCAGACCGACAGUGGGACGAUCGGGGUACCGGGCACGUCACAUCAAACUACGUCGAUCGAGUAAAAGGUGUCUCCCUGCUAGUUCACGCAGAAAACGAUGGCUCAAUGCUGCUGGAAAGCAAAAUCCAUUCAGACACAAUUUAUCACAAACAACAAGACACACUGAUAGUGUGGAGCGAAGGAGACAACUUCGACCUUGCGCUUAGUUUUCAGGAGAAGGCAGGCUGUGAUGAAAUAUGGGAGAAAAUUUGUCAGGUACAAGGCAAAGAUCCCUCCGUAGAAAUAACACAAGAUGUGGUGGAAGAAUCGGAAGACGAACGGUUCGAGGACAUGUCAGACUCGGCACCGCCUAUCGAAUUGCCUCAGUGUGAGUUGUCUCGAUUAGAGGACAUCUCUGAAGUGAUCGCUAAUGGACUGACCUCACAGAUACGAAAGGACAAACUAGCCCAAGCAAUUGAAAGUGAAAACUAUAUCAAGAAGCUGCUUAACCUGUUCCACAUCUGUGAGGACCUUGAAAAUCACGAAGGACUGCAUUACUUGUACGAGAUUUUCAAGAACAUUUUCCUGCUAAACAAAAACGCUCUUUUUGAGAUUAUGUUUGCCGAAGAUACGAUAUUCGACGUGGUGGGAUGUUUGGAGUACGACCCUACGGGGAAUCCUCCGAAGCAGCACCGACAGUAUCUUAAACAGUUAGCCAAAUUUCGGGAAGCAAUUCCGAUUCGCAAUUCGGAUCUGCUAGCGAAAAUACACCAAACCUAUCGAGUGCAAUACAUUCAGGAUAUUGUUUUACCGACGCCGUCUGUGUUCGAGGACAAUAUGCUGAAUACACUGUCCUCGUUCAUUUUCUUUAAUAAGGUUGAAAUAGUCACCCUGAUCCAAGAAGACGAAAAAUUCCUUGACGAUUUGUUUACGCUACUAACGGACCCAAACACUUCGGAUGCGAAAAGGCGGGAUAUUAUUCUGUUUCUGAAGGAGUUUUGCAACUUUGCGCAAUAUUUACAACCCCAGAGCAAAGAAACGUUCUACAAAACGUUGAUCAGUCUUGGAAUACUGCCGGCGCUGGAAAUUACGCUGGCCAUCAACGAUAAGAAGACGAAGGCUGCCUCGAUCGACAUUUUGACGACGAUCGUGGAAUAUUCCCCCUCGAUUGUGCGCGAUUAUACGCUUCAGCAGUACAACAACUCGGACACGGAUGAGGAUCAAACGCUUAUCAAUAUCGCUAUCGAGCAGAUGUUAUCGGACUCGGAACCAGAACUGGGCGGAGCAGUCCAGCUGAUGGGUGUGCUACGGAUACUGUUGGAUCCGGAGAAUAUGCUGAGUUCGGUGAACAAGUCGGAGAAGUCAGACUUUCUGAAUUUUUUCUACAAGCACAGUAUACAAACGCUAAUAGCUCCUCUCCUGCUGAACACCCUCACCGAAAAACCCGCCAACGAAGAGUAUCACACGGUACAGCUGCUCGGGCUAGUGCUGGAGCUCCUGUCGUUCUGCGUCGAGCACCACACCUACCACAUCAAGAACUGCAUCAUCAACAAGGACCUGCUGAGGCGAAUACUGGUACUGAUGAAGAGCACACACACGUUCCUAGUGCUGGGUGCCCUCCGGUUUCUGCGGAAGAUCAUCGCACUGAAAGACGAGUUCUAUAAUAGGCAUAUAGUGAAGGGUAAUCUAUUUGCCCCAGUGGUGGACGCCUUCGUGCGGAACAAUGGCCGAUAUAAUCUGCUAGAGUCCGCAAUUCUGGAGUUGUUCGAGUUCAUCAAGAUCGAGGACAUCAAAUCGUUAUAUACGUACUUUGUAGAGAAUUUUGGAAAAAUCUUCGAUGAUGUCCAGUAUGUCCAAACGUUCAAAACGUUGAAGAACAAAUAUGACCAACAACAGGACCGACUGAAGGAGAAGGAGAAGGGAAACCUUGAUAGUGUACCAUCGAUUCUGAGGAAUAGCAAUCGCUUCCGGAGGGAUCAGAGGCAACUUGAUGAGGAGGAGGAGAUUUGGUUCAACGAGGAAGAAGACUUCGCAGAAACGAAUAAGGCCGGAUCGCCGGAAUUGGAUACUAGCCUAGGUAAAAUCUUUGACAAAAAAUCAUCCCCCGAAUCGUCUCCAUCAGCCACCUCCGUGAACGGCCCCAAGUACAGUAGUAGUAAUAGUAGUAGCAAUACGACCACAUCGCAACAACUAUCCGCGUUACAGACGAAUUCCACACCCCUGAACAACAACACUGACAUCAAUAGUAAUAGUACGACGACAUCCGCGGCAGCCGCUGCUGAGGAAGAGGACUCGACCGUUCACCACCAUCAGCAGCAGUCACUAUUAGGUAUAACUUUGGUCAAUUCAACGACGGCGACGUCGUCUUCCAGUAGUUCGUCGUCGGAUUCCCCUUCCAGUGGCACAAUAGCAGAGGAAACUCCCAUCGUCGACUCGACGGGUGGACUGUACUCCGCCGGUAAUGCCGUUGGCCUUGUUACUCAUGAAGCACCUGCCACCUCUGCAUCCACGACGAACGUCGAUGAGCCGUCACCCGCAGCACCGGACCCCACAGUGGACGAAGGUCCCAGUUGUGGAGAUACGCCACCGCAGCACCUCCCUCAGAAUUCCUCAGACAGUGAUAGCAACCAACGAGUUGCCAACAGUUGCAUCAGCACAUCGUCACCUCCUGCUACGGCGGAAACCGUUGAAUCUCUCGACGACAAUAACCUGGAAGCGUCGAAGCGGCUAGCAGACGAGACCAGUCGAAUAGACGGAGAAAAUGAACCAUCGUCGUCGUCUUCAUCGUCAUCAGCGUCUGAGUCGAGUGAAGAUGUGCGGCAAACGCAACCGAACUGUACCGAAAGUAGUGCUGCCUUGGAGGAUGACAGUUCUUCGGUGAGCUGCAGUAAUGGUGAUAUCAGUGGAUCGACAGCAACGAUACCAGCCGCAGUUUUAGAUUCCGCUCCGGCCGUGGAGGCACCGACGGAUGAGGCGUCCAGUACUACCGCGGUGGUGAGCAGUCUGAAGAAGCGACUGGUGGACUACGAGGGUGAUUCAGAUGAGGAGGAAGAAGACGACAACAGUGAUAGUCCGGCUGUGAAAAAGGCCAAGAUGGUAUAGCGUCAUAACCACCACCACCAUCGUCGUCGACCCCAUUGCCAUCAUUAUCAUCAACAACAUCAAGAGGAACCUCUUCUGCUGUCCGCCAAUAGUCAUCCCUAUCAGUACCAUCACCACCAUAAUCAUCAUCUAUGUUAUCAUCAUCACGACGAAUCUCGUUGCGAAGGCGCCACCGAUGUUGACCCCAGCGGCAGCACUGAUGACGGCCACAGCGACGAGCGCCAGGAGAUGUCAACGAUGUUAUCAGUCUCGCUAGCUGCUACUGCUACUACUACACAACCACAACCAGCAACUGGAACAACAAAUUAUACAUAAUUCUUUCAAAUUACAUGUGUAACUAGAAGUAAUAAUUUGAUAAUUUAACGAUAACAGAGGAGAGGGGAGAUAGUUACAAAAAAAAAAAGAAAAUCAACAAAAAGGUAUCCCAAAAAUCAAGCUCUUUGUUCAGAAAGAGGAAGAAUAAAUAGAUGUUUCCGGGGAAAGUGGAUAGGAACGAUAACCAUUUUAAUUAUUAUAUUUUAUAAUAAUUGAAGCUGUAAUUUAAUGAGAAAAAAAUAAAAGAAAAACUGAAUAAAGAUAAGUCUUAUCGCUAUUACUAAUCAAGAAAAAAAAUCAUAUUACACUACAAAUGCUAUUAGGAGACGAAAUAACUUCUCCAAAAAAUAUGCAGAUAGAAACACAAAUAGGAACAGUUUCAGUGUGUUACUCUACUGUAUGUGGAAAAAUGGAAGACGCUAAUUUGAAAGUAUAGAAUUUGUAACACAAUACCACUGUUUUGAAAUGUAAAGCGAAAAAGCAACCCAGCAAACAGGAAGAGAUUUGUUUUUAAUAUAAAAAACAAAAAUCAACUUUAAAAAUCUAACGGAUGAACAGUGUUCACAAGGAAAGCUGAUAAAAUAAACAUAGGGCAUCGGUUUUCGGACACUUGUCAACUUAGUAUUUUGUGUGAAUAAAUACACAAAGUAAAACAAAAUUCUUGAAACGAUGAAUAAAAAGAACCUGCACAUCGCGCUUUGUUAAACAAAUUCAGAGCGAGAGCUGCGGAGUGAACGCGUUUCGAUAACUAAAAUUGGACAUAUUUAAAUAAUCUAAAAAAAUCAACAAAAAAGUGUAAUUGAAAGUGGCGUUAAGAAAAGGAUAAAAAAGAAAACAUGUUAUAAAUUUACUGAAAAAAAUAAUAAAAACGAAACAAAACAAAUUACGAAUAUUGAAAUUUGGAACUAGAUUGUAAGACAAUGGAGAGCGUAAGUGAGAACGUGGGUCAGCUGGAAUGGUCUGUUUUCCCUAUCUGCUUUAAGAAUCAGUCCUCUUUUUACCGCUGGCACCAAUUGAUAUCAUCAGAAGCUUUUUUUUUAUCCGUAGUGCGAUUGUUACAUAAACUUUUUUUUUGUUCUAAUCUGAGAAUAACGGACCUAAUCUUGGAAGUCUUCUAUUUUAUUUGGAUAUGCUCGCAAAGAGGAAAACAGAAAAGACAUAUUUGUAUAUUUUUUCCUGUCAUCCCCUUUGAUAUUAUUCCACACAAUCGAACGAUCAAAUAACUGAUGUCCUCUUAGAAAGUUUCUCUUUUACAUUUCGAAGGGUAGCCUUACAAGACGACUAUCGGAACCGGAAAUCUUGUGUUUAAUUGUAAAUAGUAGUUACUUAACUGUAAUUAGUGUAAGUAAAAUUUUCGUAUAGAAAAAUGAACAACUGUACAGUCCAAAUAGGCUGAUAAUAAAUGUAUACAUGUUAUCGAAUAUUUACAAAACUGGAACAUGCUUUCAUCGCAACACGACCGAUCAAUCUCUACGUUGAAACUUGUCGAUCCUGCAUUGUCGAACCGUCCGAUGAGUUUUGGAAAUCCUCAAAUUUUAUUUCAGCUUUUUAGUUUUAAUAUAGAAAUAGUAAAGUAGAAGACUUCCGCGAUGGUUCGAUUUCCGCGUCAAGUAAAUUUCCAACAAAUAUUGUUUUCCUCCACCCACUUGUUUAAUUAGACAAAAUUCUCCCAACGUCAUGUACAAGGAUCAUUAGAACGCUGGAUAGCCAACACACGCAGAUUCCGCAUGAAGCCGUCACGGCAGAACGCGGUUUACUUUAUUACCACUACUAGAAACAAGCCAUGAGCGGAGGAAGAGGAUAAGAGGGAUUUAGGGAAAUGAUACAACUUUUUACACACAACAGAUGAUGAAAAAAGUGUACGAAGAAAAAUAAUAUACAAAAGUCAAAAAAAUUAAA